AUGCUCGCUGAAGAAUUGUUCCAAUGGGAUGAUGUCAUUGUGAACCCCAUGGCUGUUGUUCCCAUUGAGUGUUGUUAUUUGAGGGAGAGCAAUGUGAGCAGCAACCCCAUCAAUCCCACCUGGAUCCCAUUCAGCUCCACCAGGUCUGGAGAAGGCCAUCUGUCAUUCUCCCUGCGUCUAAUGAAUAGUGACUGGCUUACAGAGCGCCCUUCCACUGUCUACUCCCUGGGAGACCUCAUUCACAUUGAGGCGUCUGUUUCAAUGGCUAACCACGUGCCCCUGAAGCUGUACAUUGAUCGCUGUGUAGCUACACUGAACCCAGACAAAGACUCCACCCCGAGAUACAGCAUCAUUGACUACAAUGGUUGCCUCCGGGACAGAAAAGCUGAGGACUCCUUUUCAACCUUUGUGUUGCCGGGAGACGGGCGGGAGCCAGACAAGCUCAGGUUUGACCUGGAUGCCUUUCAUUUCUAUGGAGAUGAGCGUUCAUUGAUUUUUAUCACCUGUCACCUGAAAGUUGCUGCAGUGGAUCAGGGAGAUUCCAGGAACAAAGCUUGUACAUUCCGGAAGCCGUUUAACUGGACCCCAUUGGAGGGACCAGACAGUGACAUUUGUGCCUGUUGCCAUGUGGGGAUCUGUGGGAGCACAAGGGAGAUC